AUGGCUGCGGCAGCUGGAUCCAAUGGUCGUAUCGUUUUUGUGACGGCCUUUCCAGGUGUCGGCAAAACCACAACUGGGGAUUACCUCGCUAGCUACCAUGGUUUUCAUCACAUCGAUGGCGAUGUUUGCGUGCGUGGAAGCCACGGGCCAUCCAUUCAGCAGGCUUUUGGGCAUUGGCUCAAGGAUCAAGCUGCUCCAAUAGAACUCUGGCAUCCCUGCUACCUGCAGCUCUGCGACACGUGCUUGUCGGCUGCCGCUGAGCACCGAGACAUCGUGAUCUCUCAUGUCAUAUAUCGUCGUGAAGUGCGUGACUUCUUCCGAGAGCGGCUUGGCGAGCAUGGUCUUGUCUUCCUCAAGCUUGAAUGCGAUCUUGACAUCAUCGUCCAGGGGGUGGAGAAGCGAGCUGAGGCUUACUUGAAGACAAAGGGACAGACUCUCGAGGACUACUGGAAUGGACCGCAGCCCGCGUCUGUCGGAGGCGGCGUGUGUUUUCGUGAGAAGUAUGGUGAGUACAGCUUUGAGAAUUACAAGAAGAUGCAGUUGGAGAUUUACCUCCAAGGAGCUCUCAAGAUCUAG